GUUUGGCGACUUUACGCUGCAGGUUUUUUUGUGGGUUAUGUUGUUGUUGUUUUUUAAAUCAAUAAUACGGUUAUAAUUUCUAAGAAAUUCAAGAUCGGAUGCUAAAAUCUGAAUCGAAUGGCAUGUUAAAAGUUCAUGAAGUAAUUUGGUUGUCCCCGCCAAUGAAAAACAAGAAGAAGAGUUCAGGAAGUUGUCGCUUGAAAGAAUGUUUUCUUCCUGAGAAACACGACUGAUCGUCAACACUAUUAAAUACACGCUACUUUUAUAUUUAUCCAAAGUAGCCGAAGACUGUUCUGUUUCGUGUAUAUAUACAUUUUUCAUCAAAGUGGCCAAUGGAGGUUGAUUCAGUGUUCUACACCGAUCGAAGCGGAAGAGUCACCAGCAACCCCUUGCUCGACCAGCUCCCCAGCUACCAGUCCUUGCUGUAUCGCAGGAAGUCGUCAUCUGGUGGCACCAAGCGAAGGAACAGCUCUCGAGCCAGGAUUGGCUCUUCCAACAGUGGCAAAUGGGCUGUGGGUACUCUAAAUAGACAUGGAGAGAAACAGAAGAACCAGAUGGAGCACAGACCAAUCAGAGAACUUACCAAGACCAUUGCUGAGAAACGCAGAGACAAAGAACUACGCCGACAAGAGGAUGGAGCGCUCAAUAGCUGGAGGCAGUGGAGGCAAAGCACCUUUAGGUAUCUGCGCAGGCUGCAAGAUAACAUCCAUGAUUGGAUGACCUCCUUGCAGCUCUGGAGGAGCGACAUCCACCUGAUAGAAGGGAUGUUUGGCACGGGCAUCCUGUCCUACUUUUCUUUCCUGCGCUUCCUUGUCAUGCUCAACCUGAUCAUCUUCACCCUCAUGUUCAGCUUUGUCUUGUUGCCCAUCAUCAUUUCCCCUCACGCUUCAGGAAACAUCACCUACAACCUGGACGAUGGCGGUGUUUGCAGUGUUUAUCCAAGCAGUGCUCGUCGAGGACUUGUCAUCUUUCACCAGCACAUCACUGAUCUGUUGUCGGGGGGAGGCUUUCUUGAACAAACCUAUCUCUUUUAUGGAUACUACAUGGCGGACAAAAUCCACUUCUCCAAGAUCAUCUAUAAUUUGCCCCUAGCCUACCUGCUGGUCACUGUAGCAUAUCUCUUUCUCAGUCUCAUCUGGAUUGUCAAGAGGUCUGCUACCGGUUUCAAACGUAGUCUGGUUCAGGAUGAGGAUCGCUUCCAGAGUUUUUGCAACAAGAUCUUUGCUGGUUGGGACUUCUGUAUUACCAAUGGGAAUGCUGCAAAGUUGAAGAGGAGCAGUCUGCUUUAUGAACUGAAGACUGAUUUGGAGGAAGAGAGGAUCAAACAGAAAAUAGCAGAUCGCACCCGGAAAGAGAAAUGUCGCAUCUAUCUCAUACGCUUCAUCCUCAACCUAUUCGUCAUUGCUGUACUGGCCGGUUGCUUCUACAGUAUUUACAUUGCCACCAUCUUCUCCCAGAAAGCACAGAUGAAGGAGGUCAAGGAGAAUUUCAUCGUGGAUCUCAUCUAUGAGUAUCUGCCGUCAAUUGUUAUCACCGUGGCUAAUUUCAUCACACCCCUCCUUUUCUCUGUCAUCAUCAACUACGAGGACUACUCGCCCGCCUUCGAGAUCCGCUUCACACUCAUCAGGUGUGUAUUCAUGCGACUGACCAGCAUUGGAGUCUUGCUCUUCUCACUGUGGUCUCAGAUCACAACAUGUAAAGAGGAGCCUUGCGUCUGCGGCUACAACCAUUUGCUCUACUCCUGUUGGGAGACACGUGUUGGCCAGGAAAUGUACAAACUCACCAUCUUUGACUUCAUCAUCAUUGUAUCAGUCACCAUCUUUGUGGAGUUUCCCAGAAAGCUGAUAGUGAAGUACUGCAACUGUGGCUUGGCUAAGUGGUGGGGUCAGCAGGAGUUUGGUAUCCCUCAGAACGUUCUCGAGAUUGUCUAUGGCCAGACUAUCUGUUGGAUUGGUACAUUCUACUCCCCGAUGCUGCCUGCCAUCUGCACUAUCAAGUACUUCUUUAUCUUUUACAUCAAGAAGGUGUCACUGAUGAAAAAUUGCCGUCCAGCGACACGUCCAUUCAGAGCAUCGAGUUCCAACUUCUUCUUCCUGGGUGUUCUUCUGAUCGGCCUGAGUUUGGCUUGUGUGCCGGUCAUUGUUAGUGUAGCACAGAUCAACUGUUCCCAGGCAUGUGGACCAUUUGUCAACUACACCACCUCUUGGGAGGUGCUGCCGAGUGCCAUUUCCCAGCUACCCACUUGGCUCCAAACUCUCGUCUCCAUUCUUUCAUCCGAGGCCUUUGCUGUAACCUUUUUUGUUUGUACAUGUCUGGCAAUGUUUUAUGUGAUUGCUCUAGCUGGAGCUCACAAGAGGGUUAUUAAGCAACUAAGGGACCAACUUGCUAUGGAGGGUCGAGACAAGCAUUUCCUGAUCCAGAAGCUUUGCCAGGCCCAAAAGCUCUCAGCUGUCACAUCUCCUGGGUCAAGAAGUCAGCGCUGCUCCAGCAGAAGCAGCCCCAGUUACCACACCAGCUUCUCGAACAAUUUUCCAGAAGGUGUGUUCUUGGCACAUCCACCUCCAGACACUUCUACUCACGUGUGAAGCAGGGACUAAGCAACCAAUACUACACUGGACUGAAAUGCACUCGGGUCAGAUGGAACCAUUUGUUUGUAUGAUGUAUUUUCUCUUUUUUACUGUUUCUUACCUUGAUGGUGUGAAAAUCAAACGUUCAAACUAUUUAAUGCAAUGUUUAUGUAUUUUCUGUCCAAAAUAACCAUUGAUUGUAAAAAGAAAACACUACCAUUGUAUGUUCCUUCUAAGAAGGACUUAAACACUAUAUUGAUAUCGUGUAAUACUAUAUUAAACACUACUACACUAUACUAUAAACACUAUAUUUUGCAUCGACUACUGAUAAUUUUGUGCACUUGACAUGCAUUAAGACUCACUAUAUGGUUUAAAGAAUUUGUAUUUUUACUUUAAUAUCUAUUUUAUUAUUAUACAGUAAUAUAAAGUAGACUAAUGUCAUUUGGAUCAUAAUAAUAGCACUGGUUUUGCAAAUAACUGACGGUACAGUAGUACACAGUUGAAAACAGUAAUUAUUACAACACAUCAUACACUUAUUUAAUGUUACACGGGUUUUUUUCUAUUAUUACUAUUUUGUCUGUUGUAUUAU